GUCGGCGUUGCCGUCGUCCUACCUGUCAAAGGUAGAAAAGUAGUCGACGGAAGUUUUAAAGUUAUUUUACAACAUCCCAAUAAAGUUGUUUAGAAGCUGUAUUGUACUAAAGUGUUAUUGAAGAAUUGAUAUGUUUAUAAUUCCAAUCGGACUAAUACUAGGCGCUUGUGCUAAAGGUGGUCUAAGUUGAAUAACUGUUUCUGUUGUGUAGGUGGCUGUCCCAAUGAUGUGAAAGUGUAUUUUCGCAUAAAAUUUAGAUCCCAUUGUUUAAAUAUUUCCUGGGAAAAACAUACGAGAGGCUUGUUGUGUAAGAAUACAGUCGUUUUGCAAUGUGAAUGUUGUCGCGGAGUCGCAGUAGACAUACCGUGGAAGUAAAUUUUGUUGCGAAGAAUCCGCAGCAAUGGAUGUGCCAUCACAGGAGACCGUGGGGCUCUUGUCUUCAGACGAGGGCGGCGCGGGCGGCAGUUCAGACUCGCCAGACAGCAGCGAGGACGAGGUCACCUCACACGUCCCGCCCGCCAUGACUGCCCGCGCCCAGGUAGUAGUGCCGACCAUCAGCGUCACGCCCCACAGCCCGGGCGUGCUCGACGACAGCCUACAACAGCUACGCCAGCUCCAUGCGGCCGUGCAACGUAUGCGCGCCGCGCCGCUCCCGCUUAUGGUAAGUGUGGCGUCUUUAUAUCAGCAGCCAAGGAGGCAAUGCCGACCAUCAGCGUCACGUCGUACAGCCCGGGCGUGCUCGACGACAGCCUACAACAGCUACGCCAGCUCCAUGCGGCCGUGCAACGUAUGCGCGCCGCGCCGCUCCCGCUUAUGGUAA